AAAUUACAAUUUGAUACGGAAUAAAUUAUAUGCAAAUUUGAAUUUUGAAUUAAAGGCGGUUAAAAACUGGCCACACUUUACAUUACUUUAUGGCCAGACUGUUCAAAUUGUGUGCAAGAAUCGAUCAAUUUAUCUCUAAAAUAUUGAUAUACUUAACAAACCAAUCUGACAUUCACCUGAAACGCCGACACAACACAGCUGAGACUUAAUCGUUGCAGUAAAAAUAAAACAAUGCGCAUCUUGCUGAACCCAGCUUGCAUAAAGCAGGAGCCGGCUCAGCAUGAGGAAUAUGAAGCUGUCCUUUCAGAUAUGGUCUGUGGCGAGAUAGAAAUAGGAGCCAUCAAAAUAGAGCUUCCAGAGGAAGACGACCAUAAAAAUAUCAUCAAAGUUCAGCGGAAGAAACAGCUAUCGGUAAAGAGUGCUCAAAUCGAAUUAAGGCGAACCCAUCACUGCGCCCACUGUGCCAGGACCUUUGACAGUGUCUACGAACUGCAGAUUCAUCGACAGAUUCACACUGGGAAGCUGCCCUACAAGUGCUCCUAUUGUCCUAAUAGCUUUGCGCACAAAUCAAUUUAUACGGCGCACAUCCGUGGACACAGGAGCGGGGGUCCUUCUGUGAAGGAGCUUGUUCCACAUGCCUGCCAUCACUGCGGGAAAACCUUUGCAGAUAAACUCAAUUACGCGGCCCACAUGCACAUACAUUCCAGCUUGCGUCCUUAUCGAUGCACCUACUGUCCGAAGGGCUUCAUGCGUGGCUGCGAGCUGAAAAAACAUCUUCGCACGCACACGGGCGAACGUCCCUACAAAUGCAACUACUGCCCGAAAGCCUUUAUUCAGAGCGCUCAUCUAAAGUCGCACAUACGAACUCAUGCGGACGACAGAGCAUUCAUUGAAAAGUCCAAAGACUGGUUUACCCAAUAA